UGCUAGGGAAGGUGGUGCUGGGGACCUGUUGGAAAUGACGGGAGAAGAAAUCAGAUUUCAAUAUCAAGACCAAAACAGUACGCCUGGAAUAUAGCAAAGAAACUUCACCAGAUCUGCGUGCUAAGGGGUGUGAAUAACCAUGGAGACCUUGAUAAGUGCGGUGGCCCCUCGGUCCCCAGCCCCGGUGAAGAAAGCCUCGGAGGUGGAUUUCAGGUCGGGGGUCAUGCUGGAGCAGCUGUCGUCUCAGGUGUCUGAGCUGGUCACCCUGGAGCAGGGGGACUUCGGGGACCAACUGGCCCUGGAGGUCCACACGGCCAAAGACUUUAUCUUCAACAUGCUGGGUUUAGUACAGAAGGUGGACCAGCGUCUCCCGGUGGCCAAUGAGUACCUGCUCCUGUCUGGGGGGGCCAGGGAGGGGGUUCUGGACCUCAACCCAGAGGAGCUGGGGGACUACGCCAAGGGGGCCGACUUCGACCUGGACUUCACCCUCCUGGUGCCCGCGCUCAAGCUCCACGACCGCAACCAGCCCGUCACCCUAGACAUGCGGCAGUCGGCCCCCUGCCACUCCUGGCUGUCCCUGCGUCUGUGCGACCCCAACACUCUGGCCAGGUGGAGCAUCUGCUGCCAGGAGGAGAACGGAUUACCCCCCGAUGAUGAGGAGGAGGAUGAAGAGGAAAGGGGAAUGGGUCACCAAGUCUCUGGUGCUGUUCCCCCCUCCCUCCAUUCCCCCCACCAGUCUCUGGAUGGGUGCUACUUCUCUCCCGCGCUGGUGGCUGACUGGUUCUGGGGGGUGGUGUGCGAGGCGGUGGACGAGCUGAGACGUUCACCACAGAGAGGCAUCCCCAUCCCGGAGAGGCUGGAGCGCAACGGUCCCCUGACCACCCUCAUUCUUCAGGCGGGGUCCAGUCGAGUGCUCUAUGACCUCCUGCCUGUGGUGUCCUUCCGGGGCUGGCCCGCCGUGGCCCAGAGCUGGCUGACGGCCAACCACUUCUGGGACGGGAAGAUCACGGAGGAGGAGGCCAUCUCUGGGUUCUACCUGCUGCCCUGCCCGGCCCCGCUGGGGGGGAGGCCCGACCGGGAGUGGAGGCUGGCCUUCUCACGCAGCGAGGUUCAGCUGAAGAAGUGCAUCCCGUUCCCCAUGGCCCAGGCCUUCCAGGCAGCCAAGGCUGUCCUCUCCCGCCUCCUGGCUCGUCCCCGCACUGGCCUCAGCCCCUACCACCUCCGCACCCUCCUCUUCUGGGCCUGUGACCGCCUGCCCCCCUCCUACCUGUCUUCGCCUGACUCCGACACUCCCGCCCGUCUCCUCCUGGGCCUCCUGGAUGACCUGGCCCACUGCAUCUUGGGUAAGAACUGUCCCAACUACUUCCUGCCCCAGUGCAACAUGCUGGAGCACCUGUCGGACAGCCAAGCCCUGCUGGUGGCCCGGAAGCUGGCUCACGUCCGCUCAGACCCCACCGAGCACCUCCGGGCGGCCCUGGACCAGGCACAGCAGGCAGGCCAGCUCAAGAGGAAGGCGGCGGGCGCCACCAACGGGCAUGGCGGGUCACCUGGCCACAGGUAUCCGGCCAGCGGCAUCAUCUCACCCUCGGACGACAAGCUGGCGGCCAGGCUGCAGCAGCUGGUGACAGAAAACCCAGGGAAGUCGAUUUCUGUGUUUCUCAACCCUGAUGAUGUCACGAGGCCACACUUCCGCAUCGAUGACAAAUUCUACUGACCCGAGGGCCUAGUGUAGUGUUGUGGUAGCCACACAUACACACUCUCACACACAAGUAAAAUAGCGGGCCAAAAGUUGACGAGUCAACCAGGAUGGCUCGAGGCGCGAAACACUGCCGGUCGCUGCUCCCUAUACUGCCCCCUCUUGGCGGCUAAUGAUAACGGCGCUAACUAAUGAGUGUUAACGACUCUGCUGUAACUAUAAGACACUGUACCAAAAAAUCCAUACUGCACGCUCCCAAGAAGAUGCUAGCUCUAGAGAAACCAACACACUUUUAUCGAUUUAGAGACCCCGUGACAGAAAAAGGCUUGUUAAGUUGUUACCACGGAGACCACUGCUCUUUAUCAAGCUUGCCCUAACGAGAUGUUUUUUUUAGCUGGUGCUACAAAGAAAAGAAAGAAUCGCUUUAGAACAAAGAAAGAAGCUGCUGCUUACAAAGGGUACGCCGUUUCAUUCUCUUAAGGGUUUAUGCUCGUCUCGUCUCUGCACACCGCUGAGAAUACUGUAUUCCCCCUUUUUCUGCCCAAUCAAAGUGGGUGAUAGCUGAAUAAGAAAUGGAGUAUCAAGGUACUAUGAUGUAACUGAAUGUAAUUUGGUGUGGGGAAAUGUCUUUGAACAGAGUGUUUUCUUUCUUCCCUCUUUCUAUGUUUCUUUUUAUCCCUCGUUCUCUCGACUCUCUGCCCCACUCUCUUUCUUUAUCUCGCUCGUUUGCUAUCUCUCAGGUAUUUUGAAUGUUUGUUUUCUAUGUGACUCCAGACUCCCUCUGGUAGGGUUAUGGUCCCCCAUAUCUAUCUGAAUGGUAUAACCCAGGGCGGUCCUUCCAUUUCAACUCUCACUAUGUGGCGGAAGGCACCAAAGAGCCACACUGGAGGGGUGUUUCGAGGAGCCUUUCGGCGAAGCAAUGUACCACCCCAUAAGAAAGGUAUCUGUAUUCACUGACCCAGAGUCAGUCCGUACUGUUAACGCUCAUAUUCCCCACCUUAACAAUCCUGACCAACAUGCAGAUCAGAGAUCACCUUAUCAAUUUGCCUUUUAUCCCCUGAAAGCUUGAAGAGGUUUCAUCAAAUAAGGGUCAUAUCAUAGGGGCUAUCAACUUAAUUCAGUUCCUUUUUAUUACAGUCCCUUUGAAAGCCUUCGAAAGUA